CCCAUCCCGGAAGUUCGCGGGCACGAGCCGCACAAGGUGUGAGCCUGCAGGAAUACAAACAUUGAUGCCAACAACAUUUUUGUUGCUAAAUUUAGCUAAUUUUUAGACUACUUUGAAAAUUUCAAUGGAAACUUUUUACAACUUUUGAAAAGUGACUCCUAAACUGUAUAUUCCUCAUUUUAUCAACCCAUCCUGUUCCUCGUCUAUAAAAGAGGUGCAUGUUUCCUCAUGUGUGACACAGCCGCUUCAGUCCUCUUCCACGAUUCAGCCACAAGAGCCGAAGUCAAGAUGACUUUCUACGACAACAAUUAUCCUUUCUACCAUAUGCGAAGGACGGCCUUCAUCUUCAGCGGUCACUUGUUCACCGUUAUUGUGUGCUUUCUUGUGAUGACGCUCUGUCUGCUACUCAUUCUGCCCGGGAUUCGAGGAAAGGCGCGGCUACUGUGGCUGUUCAGGAUCCUUUUGAGCUUAAUUAUCGGUGCCGUCAUCGUGGCACUCAACUUUACGAACAAUUGGGCUGAAGCCCGUAUGACGACAAAUGCUACCUACAAGUCUUUCAGCAAUGCGGUGGUUAACGCUGACAUUGGCUUACAUGUUGGCCUGUAUGGCAUUAAUGUUACACUAAAAGGAAAUCCUGUUGUCCAGUUAAAUGAGACUAUCGACUACAAUGAGAUGUUCAGCUGGCGCGAUACUAUUGAGGAGGAAUAUAAGGAAGCGUUGGCAAAAGGGCUACCGAAUCCAAUCCUGUACAUUGCGGAGAAAUUCACUCUCAGCAGCCCGUGCGGCCUCAUCUUUCACUACAGACACUCUGGGCGAUACGCAUCUGCAACUCUCUGGACGGCAUUUUGCUGCUGGAUGCUGGCCAACAUCCUUGUCUCCAUGCCAGUCAUUUUAUACGCCGGCUACAUGAUGCUGGCCACAGCCACCUUCAUCUUCAUUUCUACGGCCACCUUCACCACCAUCAUGCAUGCUUCCCAGUGUGUUUUCUCCAUUGGAGCAGUCUCUGUUGAAGUUGAAUACAGCCUUUCAUUUUGGCUGGCUCUGGCUACCGGUCUGCUGUGCACCGUCAUCGGAGUUCUGGUGGUGAUAAUGAACUUUAUGGCACCUGAGAAGAUAAAGGAGGUUUUCAGUGUGGGUGUUGACAGUUAUGAAGAUGAGGACAUUUCUUACGGGCAGACGCACCAGAAUUCUGCCUUCCUUGAUGAUACAACAGUCUCUCCAUGCACAUUCAGAGAGGUCACAGUGGAACAUGUAUGAGUCCCUCUCAGCAGCUUUCCCAGUCAAUACUUGAAGAUAUACUGAAUGUGUUACAGAGAGAAUGUUGAAUGUCACUUCUGACUGCAUGCGAUUGGCUGGCAACCAGUUCAGGGUGUACCCCGCCUCCUGCCCGAUGACGGCUGGGAUAGGCUCCAGCACGCCCGCGACCCUAGUGAGGAGAAGCGCCUCAGAAAAUGGAUGGAUGGAUGGACUUCUGACUGCACAUAUGUCUAUGUAUGUUUUUAUAGAUUAGUGAUUUAACUUGACUGCAUUUGUAAAUACCAAAUUAUUUUGUAUGGGAUCCAUGCACUGUAGUGUGAAUAAACACAGAACUUUUGUUUUUGUUUUUUUUAGUCUGGCAUUAGCCUAUAUUAUUAUUUUUGCUGGACAUGAAAGACUAAAAAUGUGUAGAUCCUGUAGGAUUGGGGCAAAUAUAUUGCUAAUGAAACACAGUAUGCUAUAUUUCCUGUUAUGUGUUGAAGCAAGAAUAUACACUCUUGCUAAAUACAGUUGUUAUUCAUACAGCUGGGAUUCAAAUGUUUUGUCAACUUCUGAGUUUGACAACUUCUGAGCUCCAACUUAAUAUAAUAAGGAAAAGAGAGGUAGAAUUAACAUAAAACUGUUCGGUAAAUGUGUUUUAGGACAAACUAAUCUACUUGUGGGUUUUAUUUUAUAAUAUAUAUAUAUAUAAGCACCUUAAUAAAAAGAACGCAAACAACAAGCA